AUGAAUAAAUAUACAUUGAUUUUUAGAGAUGAAAAUAUUGAAAGAAAAUAUUAAAAUUAGAAAUAAUAUGGAUAAAAUAUUAUAAUUGGUGGGUUAGGAUUAAGUUUUAUCUUAAGAUGCAUAAUGAAAUUAGUAAAUUUAGAUUGGCUUAAUUUUGGAAUAAAUUUGGGAGUUGUAUUUUUACUUUGUUUUCUCAGAAUUAAUAGAAAAAGCAAUCACUUUUAUAAAAGAAUAAGCUUAAUUAUUGCAAAUUGUGGAUUAUCAAUGUUUGUAUUUAUUUAUGAAUCACCGAGCAAUUUACUGUAUUCGCAUUUAAGAGGAGCAAAUAGUGCUCUUACUUCAUUAAUAAUUGUUUUAACUGGUGAAUUCCCUGAAGCUGUAUUUUAAAUUGUAUUUAUAUAACUUACAAAAUUGAUAUUAAUAAUUUUAAAAAGCUCUGAAAAAGAAUAUGAAGUAUUGUUAGGAAAUGUCUUAAUAAUGGUAUUAUUAAUUUAUUAUUUAUACUUUCAUCAUAAAGCUAUCAGGUCUCAAUAUUUGUUAACUUUGGUUGAACAAAAAUGGGAAAAUGUAUUAGAAAAUAUAAUUGAAAAUUAAUCCUAUUUUAUAAUGAAUUUUAUUUAGGAUACUUAUUAAUUUAAUAUUCUUUCUUAACAUAAUUGUGAAUAAUAUUUUAUGGAUCAAGAUUAUAAACAAUUCUUAAGAUAGUCAUAUAUUGAAAAAUAAAAUUUAGAAGAUUAUUUAUUUAAACAAAUAAAAAAUAAUUUUUAUAACAAUUCAUGUAAAUCAUCAGUUAUUUUUGUAAAAAACUCAAUUUCUCUAUUUAAACUUAAAUACUCAAUUUAUUUUACAACUUAGCCAACCAUUUUAAUUCUUUUUGAAAAUAUUUAAAAGACUUAAAAUAAAAAUAUCAAUAUUCUUUAUAAAAAAAUCAAUAUGUAUAAUAGAUUGUUAUUAUUAUCAAUUAACCAAAUAUCAAUUGAAAAAUAAUUAUGUUUGAAAUUAAAACAUUAUUUAUAACUUGAACAUGUUAUGUUUUAAAUUGAAAAGGGAAUCUAUGCAAUGAAAAUAAUAAAAUUAACUAAAUUUUUGAUGAAAUUUAAUUAAUUAUCUAUAUUAAAUAACAAUUAAUCUAUAAAAGACUUGAAAAUUACUACUCUACCUAAUAUACUUACUGCAUUGUUGUUUAUAAUUCAAGAUUUUUCUAACCCAAUCAAAAAUAAUGAGUAGAAAGUUUAAAAUUAAAUCUUAGUAUCAUAUUAAUAUGUAUCGGAAAACUAAGUUGUUUUAAUUUUUUAAGGUAAAUUUUAAGUCUAAUAAAUUUAAUUUUUGAUCGAUAUGUAUAGAUUACAAUUCUUCCUUAUAUUACAUUAAUUUGAUAUUUACUAAGAUAAAAUUAUUAAAAUAGCAUUAAAAUAAAGAGUCUAGAUACCAUUUAUAAAAAAUUUGGAAUAGUGA